AUGAAUGCGGUGGCAUCAUUAUACAGAAGAUUAAGCAUCAGGGAUCUAGUUGCAAAUACUCCAGUUUAUGCCUCUGUCACUGAUGCAUCUGGAGAUGGGCUGAGCUUAGUUUUUAAACGCUGGGCCACCAAGAAAACAGCUGGAUCCACGAAAAAUGGGCGUGACUCGAAGCCCAAGAAUCUUGGUGUUAAGAAAUUCGGUGGAGAGAGAGUGAUUCCUGGGAAUAUCAUUGUCCGCCAAAGGGGUACUCGAUUCCAUCCGGGGAAUUAUGUGGGAAUUGGAAAAGAUCACACGCUCUACGCUUUAAAGGAAGGAUGUGUUAAGUUCGAAAAGAACAAGCUGACUGGGCGCAAAUGGGUUCAUGUCGAACCUAAAGAAGGCUAUGAAAUCCAUCCGAUCUAUGCUAGUGCCGCCGGGGAGUCUUCUAAAAUGAAGACUGCUGCUGCUUGA